CGGCCUCCGCCCCGGCCCAGGAAAUGGCCGCCGGUGCCGCCGCCCCGCCCGCGCGGGGAGGGCUGGGCGUCGCCUGCUGCUGCGGGGAGGCGGGGCCGCCGCGUCAUGGCCGCCAGGCGCCUGCCGCCCAGCGCCCUCACCUUGAAGCAGUUCCUGAGGAGGCAGCAGGUUCUUCAGUUAUACAGAAAAAUUCUGCGGGCGAUCCGUGACGUGCCUGCCGAAGCAGAUCGUCGCUACUUAAAGGACUGGGCAAGGGAUGAAUUUAGAAGAAAUAAAGACGCUACAGAAGAGGAUGCAAUUAGGAUGAUGAUUACUCAAGGCAACAUGCAACUUCAGGAACUUCAAAGAACACUUAAAUUGGCAAAAUCCUGACCUGAAUUUUGUUGACAGCUGGCCUUUCAUCCACUGCGAAGAAGCAUAGUACUUUUUUCCAGAAUAUGGGUAUACUGGCAGUCUUUGAUGACAUUCUGAUAAUGUUUGAAGAUGGAAUCUACCACAGUGGGGUUUGGGUUUGUUUUUUUUUUCCCCCUCCUCUUCUUGGUCGGGUUACCCCCCUAUUUGGAAAUCAGUUGGACACAAAUGACCUUAAAGAACUGAAUGGUUUAAAGCACUGAAUGCAUCAUGCAGCAUGUGUUGAGGUAAAAGCAGAAAGCACCAAAAAUUACAAUAGCAGUGUUCUGCCAGGAAAAUGGAAAAUAAAUAUAAACAACUAGA